GGUACAACCCUAUCGAACCAAUAUACACUCUCGACCCCUUGUGAAUUCCAUCAGAGAAGAAUUUCACAGUACUACAGUCCGCCUUACGACUAUCAUCCUUUCCCAUCUGUACCAGCUGCCAUUAAGGUCUAGAAGAAGGAGGGUGCGACGACCAGCGUGCUGCGUGCGUCAACGUACUGCAGCGUACGUCACCGCGGCUCUACGUGGUGGUAUGUACGUCCCUGUUCGAUGGCAAGAGAGUGGGCAGAACUCGAGCAGAAGGCGGCCAUUUUCCGUUGUUGUUCCUCUAGUCGUUCGUGCAUCGUGAGUGUUUGUCGCACCUAAAGAAGAUUCGGUAGACGAAUCGACACCGAUGGUGAUUAGACGGUGCGAUAAGAGGGCGAUAACGUAAGUCUUCACUACGUACCGAGGCCUUAGAAAGGGUACCUCAGUCGUCGCCGUCCUCGUCGACACGGAGGGUGUUCAUUUGAAAGCUCGUCUACUCCAAAAAGAGGCAGCAACGAGUUGACCAGUACAUCAGAGAAGCGUGGCUAGUGCGAGGAGUGGAGUGGAGAGGAGUGGAACAGCGAGAGAGUGCGAGAGUAAGAAAAUCAGAGGAAAAGAGAAAGAAGGAGAACAAGAGGUCUUCCGUAAACGGGAGUAAGGACUCCUAGAGAUAGACAGCAGAUCUCCCGAGAAUUCUCGAGAGUUCGUGUCGAAUCGUAGCAAAUCGAUCAUUACAAUCUGAUACAACAAUGGAUACUCUACGUGGUGCCUUCACACUGCUCAGCUUGCUAUUCUUAGCUACCAGCACGGUCCAUGCAGUCAACUACAAGGGACCUUCCCAUGUCGACGAGGGUGAACCUUGGAGUAUAGAGUGCACCAAUGUCCAGCCUAAAGAUGAAAUCAUAUGGACCAGAAAUAAUGAAUCCCUCGAACCGGAAAUUCUGAAGGAUGAUCUGUCGAUCGUGACGAAAACCAGAGCAUUGAAGAGUAGCAGCAUUUCAGCCCAGGAGGCUCGCCCUGACCACGCCGGCCGCUACAAGUGCACGAAUAACUCCGAGGAGGCCUUUCCUCUCUUUGUUAUUUCUGGUAACAUGUUCAGAGUGCUCAGUAACGAAUCCGUUCCUCUGACUCUUAAGUGUGGCGAGGCGACAAGCAAAGACGUCGUACGCUGGUUCAAGGAGAAACAUGAUUUAUUAGCAGCCAACGCAUCAGAGGAGUUCAAGAAAUUACAAGAAUUUAUCACGGUGGAUACGACCACCGGUACCCUGGUGAUUAAAAACGAAACAAACGAAGUUUUAGGGAACUACUCUUGCACAUUGAAUGGCGUUUCCCAGGAAUUUAAAGUUGUUCCUAAGCCCACAGCCGUUCUCCCGCAUUCGACGACCGUCAUCGAGGGUGAAAAGCUUCAUGUGGUCUGUAAUGGUAAACAGAGUCCUGGAGUGAAGAUCAUAUGGACGUUCGGUGGUAAGAACUACACAAAGAGCUCUGAUCGUGUUAAGCUGAGCAUCGACAAGGACAGGGGCAUCAACGGGGCUGUUCUCACUGUGGAGAAUAUAAAUAUGUCCGAUCGUGGCGACAUCUAUUGCCGAGUUUCGUAUAACUGGACUGAUCGGAUUCCGAUACACCGUGCGGAGGCCAAAAUUUUGCUUCGUGUGAAAGACAAGCUGGCUGCCCUGUGGCCUUUCCUAGGCAUCUGCGCGGAGGUUUUUGUACUCUGCGCCAUCAUCCUCAUCUACGAGAAGAAGCGCAACAAGGCCGAGCUUGAGGAAUCGGACACGGACCAGAGUCCCGAUACCAAGCCCACGCCCAACAAGGAUUCAGACGUCAGGCAGCGGAAGUAAGGAGCAUGUGGAUGUCGAGUUGGACGAGAACGAAGAGAACGAAGUUAGAAGGACAAUUUGAUGAAGAGGGGAAGAGGAACAAGAGAAUUAAUGAUGGAGUACCCAAAGUAGACGAAGAAGAGGAAAAGGAAAUAGAAGAAGAAGUGGUGCUCAGGACGAGAAAAUAGAAUAUAAAUGAAGUAUAAAGGUGAUGGGAAGGUGAAUUGGACAAGAAGGUUAUUCGCUAUCUAGAGGGUCGCGUAAGCAGGAGGAAUCCUGGAUGACAGCGCAACGUUGCGUUAACGUCGCAGUACGUUGCUUUGCGCCUUGAUUCUCGAUGCUCGCGUAUCCAAUGGCUGUAAAGGCCAUAGCCGAUGACAGCCCGUCGAUUCUCGAGACUCUUUGAACGGGCUGCUACGCAAUGUAAAACGUUCUGAAGCCUCUUGUCUUUGCGAUACCGUUGCCAUUAUUAUUAAUGUUAUUACUACGACCAUUAUUAAUAUUAUUCUCGUUAUUGCUACCGUCACACGGGGCCCGAUCGGCAUUCGCGAAACGAAUAGUGUAUCGUAUUCUCGGGCGCGGCCCGCUGUUAAUCAUUUUUACUCACGCGAAGCACGCACCCCACCCGUACCGUUAACCAUGCCAGACUAUAUACACUAUAAAUACUAUAAAUACUAUACAUACUAUCAGUGCAGCAGAGUAUAGAGUAAUCUAAGGUAACCCUUACGUGGAACGUGAUGCGUGACACGUGCUACGUUCUAGCCUUAACCUACGCUCCUAUCCAACUUUUCCACUCUACGUAUAUAUAUCGUAUAUAGAAAAGAGUCCGCGUCCACUGCCCUGAGUGAGGCGUCCCGACGCCAAAAACACACCUAGCUAAGGACCAUUGUAAUAUUAUCGAUCGAUUGAGGAUACUCGGUCACCGGACGAAGCCUUAUGCCUUGGAUGAUCGGUCGAAUAAACGAUAUUGACACGUUGACAAAAAAAUAAGUACUGGGGCGUUGGGUUAA